AGCAUGAACAGGCACAAAAACAGACAGCUUUGGAAAGAAAAUUGCUGCCUUUAUGAUUGUGAAUUCCAGGGAAUUACAUUCUAUUAAUCAUAUUAGAAAUUGGAUUGAUUCUCCAUAGACCUUCCCACAUGUUGGUCUCAUUCAAUUCGUAACAGGCUUUGGAAAAGAAACCCUUUGCUGGACUGCUGCCUCUCUUUCUUUAGCAGAAGUGAUGAACCAUCUGUAUUUCUACUAUCUGCUGGGAGUGAUGAAUUUCCGUUACGAUAAAGCGAAAGAAUCGUUUACCAGCAGCAAGACGAUGACCGCACUCAAAGUGGUGCUUCAUAUAGUUAUUCCAAAUUCGGUGCUGUUGAUAAUUUCGCUCAUAGGAACAACGGGAAUACUACUUACCAUACCGUCCGUACACGUGGUAGCGUUUGCCAUGCGCGUCCUCUGGACGCUGCUGACGAUGAACAUUACCAUACUGCUGAACUAUUACUUUACCGGUACAAAGCAACGUGCACUGCUAACCGAAUGUGUGGCAUGCUUGCGAGAAGCGAAAAACGAAAAUACAGUUGAAAGCGCUCAAAACAGUCCAUUUCGUGGUUCAAGGGUCGUGCUGGGCGUGUUCCUGCUGCACUACAUCAACUACGAGCUAAACCAGUACACGUACGUGCUGCUGUACGAUGAAAAGUGGCCCGAGCUUAUGUUUUACAUCAUCUUUUACUAUCUGGAGAUGGUAACGGUCAUGAAUGCACUGUACUUUUCCACCGUGCUCGAUAUCGUGCAUCGAACGGGGCAGCUGGAUAGCGAUCGGCUGUCCAGGUGUUUGCAACGAAACGCCACGAGCGAGCCGUCCGAGCUUGAUGAUCCGUACUGGUGGCGUACGAUCGAACAUUUUUAUCAUCGUGUGCUGACGCUGCAUCGAAGACGGGCGAAAUAUUGCCGUGCGUUUCAGCUGCAGCUGGUGACGAUUGCACUGAACACGUUUAUUGCUUCGUUUGUGAUAUUUUACGUCAAUUUGAACAACAUCUUGAUGCAUACGCACGAUAACUGGCUGGAAAAGUACAAACGGGUGACGGAGUGUUUGGGAUUUUUUCCGCAGCUGUGUGCACUGCUGCUGAUUUGUCGCAAUGCUGAUAGGGUGGAGAGUGAGCAACGGUGCUUAAUGCGCCUGGUUAUUCGAGCUCAAUCGAAGCUGACGAAAAGUGUAGCAAAUAUGCAACGUGGUGAUGUUUUCAAUGGCAGAAUGGUUCUUCUUCAAAGUCAGAUGAAAAUGGCACCGUACAAUCUGUUUGAUUUUGACCUUCAGUACUUCUUUGGAAUCGUGGCAGCGAUUGUUACCUAUCUGGUGGUAUUGCUGCAGUUUCGAACAAUCGAGUUCAGCUGAAGUGUGGAAAAGUUUCUUCCCUU